AGCACAUACACACCGGCGGCGACAAUUUUAUUUCUUCAACGGCGAUCCACCAUCUUUUCCGACAAACACCUAGGGUUCAGAUCUGUUAACUACUUUUUUCAAUUACUCGUCUCUUUUUCUCUCCUAGUCGUUGUUUUUCUUGGGUAACGACAUUCUGAUAUGAAAUAAUUAUUUUGCGGAUAGUAUGGCAUCGAAAGGUCCAAAAUCUAAAUUUGACCAUGAGCCCCGCACUAAGCGACAAAAGGCACUUGAACCACCUAAAGAUCCUGGACGCCCCAAAACACAUUGGGAUCAUGUUCUAGAAGAAAUGGUGUGGCUAUCGAAGGAUUUUGAGUCUGAGAGAAAAUGGAAACUGGCCUUGGCAAAGAAGGUUGCUAUAAGAGCCAGCAAAGGCAUGUUGGAUCAGGCCACAAGGGGAGAAAGAAGAGUGAAGGAGGAGGAGCAUCGAAUGAGAAAAGUUGCUCUCAAUAUAUCAAAAGAUGUGAAGAAAUUUUGGAUCAAGAUUGAGAAGCUGGUGGUCUACAAACAUCAGCUUGAGGUUGGAGAAAAAAAGAAAAAAGCACAGAAUAAACAACUUGAAUUCCUCUUGGGGCAAACAGAGAGGUACUCAACGAUGUUGGCAGAAAACCUUGUUGCCUCGCCAGUUCCAGGACAUUCUUAUUCAAAUCAAGAACACUUGAGCAUUCAAAAUUUUGAAUCUAAAUCAGAUCUUGCGGAUAAUGAUGAAGAUUACGAUGCAGCAUCUGAAGGGCAAUUAGAGGAUGAUGAACAUACUAUUGAGGAAGAUGAGGCCCUUAUUACUGCUGAGGAAAGACAAGAGGAACUUGCAGCUUUGCACAGUGAAAUUGAUCUACCUCUUGAAGAGCUACUUAAGCGUUAUGGAGUGCAGAAAGAGAGCUGUGAAAAUAGCCCUGAAAAGAAAGCAGGAGGAGCUAUAUCUACUCAGGCAACAGGUGACAGUCAAAGUAACGAGAAUGAUGUAUCAACUGAAUUUUGCACUGAAGGAGGCAGCAUUGAUGCAGCAUCUGUUCGUCGUUGUGAGGAGAGUAAUGGUAGGUUAUCAAUUUCAGAAAAGCUUGCUGCAAAAGUAGAUGCUGUAAAAGCAAGAAAUACAAGUGCGUCUGUUCAAGAGUUGGGAAAUAAUCAUACGGCAUAUGAUUUCAGUGAUGAACAGGAGGAUGGUGACUUCGUUCUUGCAAAUGGAGAUGAAAAGGAUGAUGAGACGACAUUGUCCGAGGAAGAAUGCAUAGCAAAUGCUGAAUCAAAUAAUGCCACAGAUGAGAUCGCAUUGUUGCAGAAGGAGAAUGAAAUUCCUAUAGAAGAAUUGCUUGCAAGGUAUAAAAAGAUCCGGAGUACUGGUGAUGAGACAGAGGAUGACUCUGGGUCUGAGUAUGCUUCUUCUGAAAAUCUUUCGGAUGCUUCGGCAGAGCAAACUACUAAUGUGGAACUGCAACCUGUUCCUGUUGAAGUAAGUGAUGAGCCCAACGAACGUAGCCCUGUAAUGUCUCCUGUUUCCAGAGAACAAGAAGCACAGCCUGAUCAGAAUAGUGAUGAAGCAGGGGAGAAUGAGAGCAGGAUUGCUGAUGCAGCUGCCGCUGCAAGAUCGGCACAACCAACUGGAAAUACAUUCUCGACCACUAAAGUUCGCACAAAGCACCCUUUCCUCCUGAAGUUCUCUCUUCGUGAGUAUCAACAUAUUGGCCUUGACUGGCUUGUGACAAUGUAUGAGAAAAGACUGAAUGGAAUUUUAGCUGACGAAAUGGGGCUGGGGAAGACAAUAAUGACUAUUGCACUGCUUGCGCACCUAGCAUGUGAAAAAGGGAUAUGGGGCCCUCAUCUUAUUGUUGUUCCAACAAGUGUAAUGCUGAAUUGGGAAACUGAAUUUCUCAAAUGGUGUCCUGCUUUUAAGAUACUAACUUAUUUUGGAUGUGCAAAAGAACGGAAAAUAAAAAGACAAGGAUGGCUGAAACCAAAUUCCUUCCAUAUAUGUAUAACGACAUACCGACUAGUUAUUCAAGAUUCUAAAAUCUUCAAGAGGAAGAAGUGGAAAUACUUGAUUUUGGAUGAAGCUCAUUUAAUAAAAAACUGGAAAUCUCAAAGGUGGCAGACUCUUCUGAAUUUCAACACAAAGCGGCGAAUCCUUUUAACAGGCACUCCUUUGCAGAAUGAUUUGAUGGAACUAUGGUCGCUUAUGCAUUUUUUGAUGCCUCACAUUUUUCAGUCCCAUCAAGAAUUUAAGGACUGGUUCAGCAACCCAAUAUCAGGAAUGGUAGAUGGUCAAGAAAAGGUAAACAAAGAAGUUGUUGAUAGGUUGCACAAUGUUCUUCGUCCCUUUAUUCUCCGUCGAUUGAAAAGGGAUGUUGAGAAGCAACUACCAAUGAAACAUGAACAUGUCAUAUACUGCAGACUCUCUAGGAGACAGCGGAACUUGUAUGAAGAUUAUAUUGCUAGCUCAGAGACACAAGCGACUCUGGCGAGCUCCAAUUUCUUUGGAAUGAUCAGUGUUAUAAUGCAACUUCGCAAAGUUUGUAAUCAUCCUGAUCUUUUUGAAGGUCGGCCAAUUGUCAGUUCAUUUGAUAUGAAUGCCAUUGACACCCAAUUGAGUUCUUCUGUUUGCUCAAUCUUUACACCAAGUCCAUUUUCGGAAGUUGAUCUCAGUGGGUUGGGAUUAUUAUUCACCCAUCUAGAUUUUUACAUGAACUCUUGGGAGAGUGAUGAAGUUCAAGCUAUUGCCACCCCUUCAAGCUUAAUUGAGGGACGGGCUAGCCUGGAGAAUUAUGAGCAAAUCACUUCUGGGUUCAGGCAUAUGAAAAAGGCACAUGGAGGAAACAUUUUUGAAGAAAUUCAACAGGCGAUCUUCGAGGAGAGAAUUAAAGAAGCAAAGGAACGGGCAAAAGCAAUUUCCUGGUGGAAUUCCUUGCGAUGCAGGAAAAAGCCUAUAUAUUCGAUGAAUAUGCGAGAACUUGUAACAAUCAGAAACCCUCUCUAUGGCAUUGACAGGACUGAGGGGACAACGCCUUCCUAUUUGAACUCUUCUGUGCUUGCUAACAUUAUUUUAUCUCCUGUUGAACGGUUCCAUAAAAUGGUUGAUCAAGUUGAGAGUUUCAUGUUUGCGAUUCCCGCAGCACGGGCCCCAACCCCUGUUUGUUGGUGCAGUAGAACUGGAAGUUCUCUUUUUGUUCAACCAGGAUAUAAGGAGAGAUGUGCUGAACUCUUGUCACCCCUUCUGACACCUAUUCGGCCUGCAAUUGUGAGGAGGCAAGUAUAUUUCCCUGAUAGGAGACUAAUUCAGUUCGACUGUGGUAAGCUGCAAGAACUUUCCAUUUUGUUGAGGAGACUGAAAUCUGAAGGUCACAGAGCGCUGAUUUUUACACAAAUGACUAAAAUGCUGGAUGUCCUAGAGGCCUUUAUUAGCUUAUAUGGCUACACCUACAUGCGCUUGGAUGGCUCCACUCAGCCGGAGGAGAGGCAAACAUUGAUGCAGCGGUUUAACACAAAUCCAAAGUAUUUUCUCUUCAUAUUGUCAACACGAAGUGGUGGUGUUGGUGUCAAUUUAGUCGGGGCAGAUACAGUUAUCUUUUAUGAUAGUGAUUGGAACCCUGCUAUGGAUCAACAGGCUCAAGAUCGGUGCCACCGGAUAGGACAGACACGUGAAGUACACAUUUAUCGGUUAAUCAGUGAGAGCACUAUUGAAGAAAAUAUUUUGAAGAAAGCAAAUCAGAAGCGCGCUCUUGAUGAUUUGGUCAUACAGAGUGGAGGCUACAAUACAGAUUUUUUUAAGAAACUAGAUCCAAUUGAUUUGUUUUCUGGCCAUAGAACAAUUCCUUCGAAGCAGAUUCAGAUGGAGGAUCUAAGUGAUGACAAGAUCCAAGUCUCUUUUUCCAAUGCAGAUGUUGAUGCUGCGUUGAAGAAUGCUGAAGAUGAAGCAGACUACAUGGCUUUGAAAAAAGUUGAGCAGGAAGAGGCUGUCGAGAAUCAGGAAUUUACUGAAGAAGCUGUUGGGAGGUUAGAUGAUGAUGAAGUUGUUAAUGAGGAGGAUGGUCAUGUGUCAGCUGUUAACACUGGUUUGGCUAAAACAUCAAAUAGAGAACAUUGUGAAAUGAUCACUGCGGGUGAUAUGAUUGGAGAGGGAGCUAUUACUUUGGCUGGUCAAGAAGAUGAUGUCGACAUGCUAGCUGAUGUCAAACAAAUGGCUGCUGCUGCUGCAGCAGCAGGGCAGGAAAUCCUAUCUUUUGAGAGUCAGCUACGUCCAAUUGACCGAUAUGCAGUACGUUUUCUAGAGUUAUGGGACCCUAUAAUAGACAAGGCAGCUGUUGAAUCACAAGUUAGGUUUGAGGAAACUGAAUGGGAACUUGAUCGCAUUGAGAAGUUGAAGGAGGAUAUGGAAGCUGAGAUUGAUGAUGAUGAAGAGCCUUUUGUAUAUGAACAAUGGGAUGCUGAGUUCGCAACUGAAGUUUACAAACAACAAGUUGAAGCCUUGGCCAAACAUCAGUUAAUGGAAGAAUUGGAAAUGGAAGCUAAAGAGAAGGAACGCGCAGAUCAUGAAUAUUCCGACUCCAUGCAGAAUGAUUAUGCGGUUACUCCUAAACCCAAGUCCAAAAAGAAAAAGAGGAAAACCAAGUUCAAAUCUCUAAAGAGAGGAGCACUGGUUUCUGAAUCAAGAGCUGUAAAGGAAGAGUCACCUAUAGAAUUCGUUUCUGAGCCGAUGUCUAUAGAUGACGAUGACGACCCUGAGUUCAAUACCUCUUCAGACAGGAUACCAGCACCUACCAGUGUAGACAAGAAGCGUAAAGCAGGACCAAGUAGUAAUAAUUCGAAGAAGGCCAAGAAGACAAAGAAAACCCCUGCAGAAAUUUCUCCAUCAGCUUUGGAUUUCAAUAUGUUCAGUAAGCAGCAGGACGAACCAAAAGAUAUUGAUAUUGAACAUAAGCCAAUAAGUAGGACCAAGAUGGGAGGUAAAAUCUCAAUUACAUCAAUGCCUGUGAAGCGGGUUCUUACCAUAAGACCAGAGAAAAUGAAAAAGAAGGGAAGUAUGUGGUCUAAAGAUUGCUUCCCUUCUCCGGAUACUUGGAUGCCGGCUGAAGAUGCAGUACUAUGUGCUGUUGUACAUGAAUAUGGUCCACACUGGAGCUUGGUUAGUGAGGUCUUGUAUGGGAUUACUGCUGGUGGUUAUUACAGGGGAAUCUUUAGGCAUCCUGUCCAUUGUUGUGAAAGGUUUAGAGAACUCUUCCAAAGAUACAUCUUGUCAUCAACAGAAAUCCAGAAUGACAAGCUAAAUAAUGCAGGUUCAGGAAAGUCUCUUCUUAGAGUAACAGAGGAUAAUGUACGCUUGUUAUUGGGUGCUGUUUCCGAGCUUCCGGAUAAUGAGCCUCUCAUUCAAAAGCACUUUUUUGCGUUGCUUUCUUCUGUCUGGAGAGCGUCAUCUGGCCGCUACAAAAAACACAGCAACUCAACUUCUGAGGCUAGCUUUUACCCAGGUGCAAGGUUUCUUCCUUCUGCGGUGAAUCAUAUAUCCAGAACUGUUACAGCUGGGACAUCAUCAAGAAUGAACUUUGCUAAUCUCAGCACAAGUAAAAAGCUAGUUGCAGCUGCCCUGCAUGAUGUAGAUGCUACAUCACGACAUGAUGGAGUUGCCAUCCUCGGCUCUAGGGGUGAGGAUUCAAGUGUUAUGGAUGAGCUGGUGAUUUCGCUUGAACUUCCAGAUAGGGGGACCAGUGACCCAGUUAUGUUGCCAUCCAUUGUAAAUGUGUCAAUAUGUGGCCCUGAACAAUCUCCGUCAACAUGCACGGAUGCUGGUGGUAAUAAAAUUAGAUAUUCUCUUGUGGCUGAAAACAGAUUCAGGACCUCUUGUGAAUCUAGAGAAUCUAGAGGUGAAGAUUGCAUGGCACCGAAUUCAUCUUUUUCAUCAUCACUAGAUGUGGAGUUACGGAUGCCUUUGAAAGUGCAAUCCCUAGGAAAACACAAGCUGCCUAUCUCUGAGCCUGUAAAGUCUGCUAAGUCAAAAGUGAGGAAGACUAUCACAGAAUCCAGUGUCGUGCAGUGUGCAGUUGGUGAUCCAGUUUUCCGACAAGUAAUGGUGGCAACAAGAGAUAGUGAUUCAAGGUUUGAUAUGAUAGCUCCAGAUGUUGGAACCACUAGUUAUGAAAGUGGUUCAUCUUUUGACCUCGAAGACUUGUUAACAUCGGAUUUGACAUGUUCUGAAAUGUCCAUGCAUUACUAUGAUCCUGGUUUAACUUCAGGGUUAGAAGAUUAUUCAUCAUUUUCAGACUUUACUGACAUUGGGUAAGCUUAAGUUUAAAUUUCUGGAGACAACUAAUUUAUUGUGGUGCUAAGUGGCCGGCGUCUUGGAAAUUGAUUCUCCAACUGACUUUUGAGUACUCGUCGGGUAGGGUGUUUGGGUGUUGGAGGAUAAAUUACAAGGUGGAAGAUUUUGAAUGUUAUAGAAAUGGCUGAAAAAUGUCGCUGCAAGCUGAGUUACAAACAACUGCACAUAGAAUGUAACCUCCCUUCUUUGUAGUAUUAGUUGCAGUAUGAUAUGUAUCACUAGAUAUGUAUUCAUAGAGGGACUGGUUGGUUGGUUAUUGACAGAGACAUUAGUACAGCAGGAAUUUCUAAUCUUAUAGAAAGUUUUCGGGACAAGUUAGAUUGUGACCAAAAAAAUAGAAAUCAAUAUAGAUCAGUCCUUUAGCCUAUUAUCAUGUCCCCUUCUCCCUCUGUAUAUUAAUUAUUCUCUUUAUAUGUAUCAUUUUGAAAUAUUUAUUGAUUCUUUUAAAAGUUAGUUAAAAAAUACAGGAUUUUAGUGUCU